CAGGAUGGCAGAUGAGAUGGAAGCCAUUGUCUUUGACACGUUUGGGCCGCCCAGUGUCCUCAAGCUCGUGCAGUAUCCAAAGCCACGCCCCCGGAAAGGAGAGGUUCUGGUGAAGAUCCAUGCUGCAGGAGUGAAUCCUGUCGAUUAUAAAAUCCGCAAAGGAGAGAUGAUGAAAUUCAUCAUUUCGAAACCGAAGAUCCCUGGAGGUGACUUGUCGGGUGUUGUUGAGAAUGCUCCAGCUGAGUCCAAGUGGAACCCGGGACAGAAGGUCUUUGCACUGACAAAAGGAUUCCAGCCCUGGAACAAAGAUGGCACAUACGCUGGGUACUACGCUGUCAAGGAGGAGGAUUUGGCCGCUCCCCCAGCCACCAUGAGCUUUGACGAGGCCGGUGCAAUGCCCCUGGCUGCCCUGACAGCCUUCCAGUCCUUGGAGGCGGCUGGAGUGAAGGAGGGGCAGCGGGUGCUGAUCCAUGCCGGGGCUGGCGGUGUCGGAACAUUUGCAAUUCAGCUGGCCAAGGCGCGCGGCGCGCAUGUGAUCACCACUGCAGGCCCCCGCAACCUCGAAUUCGUCACCAAGGAGCUGGGUGCAGAUGAGGUGAUUGAGUACACCACGCAGCGCUUUGAGGAUGUGCUCAAGAGCAACCCGGUGGAUGCUGUGAUCGACCCAGUGGGAGGCCCUGUGGAGACGCGCAGCUAUGCAGUGCUGAAGAGGCGCGGUCACUACCAGCUCAUCCUCAACGAGAAAACAUCCCCUAUCCGCAUUGUCACAGGGGUGGCAAAGGGCCUGCUGAGGAUGGGGCCCACCUAUGGGAUCACGGCAGUGUCCCCCAACGGCGCGCAGCUGCAGAAGAUCUCUGACAUGGCGGCCGAUGGCAAGGUCAAGGUCAUUCUGGACCGCACCUACCCCCUCGUGGAUGCACCGGCGGCGCAUGAGUACUUGGAGCAGGGGCAUGCACGCGGCAAGGUGGUCCUGAAGGUGGUGGAAGGCUCAUAGGUCUGUAAUUGGCAUGCGCUGGAUGAUGGUGCACUACGCUUCUUGCAACUGCAGGAAAAACACCAGGCAUCCACAACUGAGGUGGAAGUAUGUGAGUUGAAGUUGUACGCUGUAAGCUGUACAUUGAGUUGUAUAUGUAUGCCUUGUGUUUGAGUGAGCAAAUGUGCAGAUGCAUUUCAGGAAGUAGCCUGACGUGCUGCACGUCUAGGCUGCAUGUUGUGCAUGCUACCCUCGUGCGCAUUUAACAUAGGCCCUCCACGCGCCAGGAAGUUAAUAUGUGGGACAAACCAUGUAAAAUAAAGUCCAC